CCCCCCAGCCCCCCCGCCGCGGCAUGGCCGCCAUCAUCAAGAAGCAGAUCCUGAAGCACCUGUCCCGGUUCACCAAGAAUCUCUCUCCAGACAAAAUCAACCUGAGCACCCUGAAGGGGCAGGGGCAGCUGACCAACCUGGAGCUGGAUGAGGAGGUGCUGCAGAAUGUGCUGGAGCUGCCCACCUGGCUCGCCAUCACCCGGGUCUACUGCAACAAGGCAUCCAUCAGGAUCCAGUGGACAAAACUGAAGACGCACCCAAUCUGUUUGUACCUGGACAAAGUGGAGGUAGAGAUGCGGACAUGCGAAGAGCCCAGGCCACCCAAUGGACAGUCUCCCAUUGCUCUUGCAGCCGGCCAGAGCGAAUACGGCUUUGCUGAAAAGGUCGUGGAGGGGAUGUUUAUUGUUGUCAAUUCCAUCACUAUCAAGAUUCACUCCAAGGCCUUUCAUGCUUCUUUUGAGCUGUGGCAGCUUCAAGGCUACAGCGUCAACCCCAACUGGCAGCAGAGCGACCUGCGGCUCACCCGCAUCACCGAUCCACAGAGAGGGGAGGUUUUGACAUUCAAAGAACUCACCUGGCAGACGCUCCGCAUUGAAGCAGAUGCAACCGACAACGGUGAUCAGGACCCUGUUACUACUCCUCUGAGACUCAUUACGAACCAGGGGAGGAUACAGAUCUCUCUCAAGAGACGGACCAAAGAUUGCAAUGUGAUGGCAUCAAAGCUGAUGUUUCUCCUUGACGACCUUCUCUGGGUGCUGACAGACUCUCAGCUGAAAGCAAUGAUGAAAUAUGCAGAGUCUCUGAGUGAAGCCAUGGAGAAGUCUGCUCAGCAGAGGAAGAGCUUGGCACCAGACUCUGUGCAGAUCACACCACCAGCUCCCAGUACCCAGCAGUCCUGGUCUCAACCAUUUGGAGUCAGCCCGAACGCAACCAGCAUUGGUCAGUACUUUGAGAAACACGACAUGAAGGAGUCGUCCUACCACCUCCUCAUCUCACGCCUGGAUCUGCACAUUUGUGACGACAGCCACACUCGAGAGUCAGGCACUUUGAAGCAUGGGAUGCUGGGAGGUGCCAUGCAGCUGACCUUCAGGAGGAUGGCUUUUGACUAUUAUCCCUUCCAUAGGGCUGGAGAUGCCUGCAAGCACUGGGUGAGGUACAGUGAGGCAAUGGAGACGCGGGGACAAUGGGCAAAAAGGUUGGUCAGUGAAUUUCAGAGCAAGGUGGAGAAGCAUUACGAAGAAAUGGAUGCUGCCUUUGCCAAGACUACACUUUCUCCCUUCAAAAAGAAAGCAGAUACGUCCUUGAGUCCUCACAAGAGCCCCCUGGAGAAGGGCCGUGGAGCUCCCUGCACUCUGCCCCAACUCCGGCACCCUCCCUGGCACCGCCUGCGCUCCAGCUGUGUGCUGCUGCGUGUGGACGACUUGGACGUUCACCAGGUUUCCACAGCUGGCCAGCACAGUAAGAAACCUUCCACCCUGCUUUCGUGUAGCAGAAAAUUCCUCAACCUGCCUGAUCAGGUCUCUGCAAUCCACAUUGAAUUCACAGAGUAUUACUUCCCAGACAAUCAGGACUUUCCAGUUCCUUGCCCAAACCUGUAUGUACAGCUGAAUGGUCUGACGCUGACCCUGGACACAGCAAGCAUGCUCUGGAUAAACCUCUUCUGUCUGGAUCUUUAUCGCAGCCUGGAGCAGUUCAAAGCGAUCUACAAGCUGGAGGACUCAGGCAAAUGUGAUGAGCAUGUUGACGUUCGACUGGAUGGCUUCCAGCUGAAGCUCAGCAUCCCUGUGGAGAAGAAAGUCGCUGCCCAUCAGGAUCGCCCGCAGGCGCUGUGCAUCCACACGUCGGAGAUGACGGCCACCAACACCCGCCAUGCUCCCUUCUGCAGCUGCCAGGACCUCCAGAGCCUCUUCCGUAAAUUUGCUGGUUCCGAAUUCUUCCACUCCAGCUACACCCAGUUCCCACGAUCCCAGGACAAUUUUAACCUCCUCCAUACCCUUUUCUUGCGCCAUGCCUACGAGGUGGAUGCUGGACCUCAGAAGCAUUCAGGUUUUCCUCAGCCACUGCGCAAAACCUCUGCCUCUGAAGAUCUGUGGUCUGUGAAUUUCACUGAGCUCUGCCUGGACUUCGAGGGUGCUGAGAGCUCAAAGGGCAGAGCCCUUAGCUUUAUUGAGCCGUUUCCCCUUUCCGUUUGGGCCUGUCUUCCCAAGAGAUGGGGGCAAGCUCAGAUAUCUAAACGACAGCCAUCAUCUGCCUCUGAUUUGAAAAUCAAGUCUUCUGCCAGCUUUAGCAAUCACUCCAAGAACGAGAACCUUCCCAGAGAGCAUGGAGUUUGUCAAAGAUCAAGAACUGACCAGGAUCUGAAGAGCAUCUACAAGGUCCCAGAGACGAUGGAUGCCUUGGGAGAAUCUGAGUGUGAAUUUAAUGAUGGAGUAGAUGACAAAGAGCUGGAAGCCUCUGCUGAUAUCCACGUGCUUUUGUCCUCCUCUGUUCAUGUCAAAGUUCGUCUCAACCACUACCAGUACCUGGUGCUGCUCAGGAUGAAAGAAGUUCUGCAAACACUACAGGAGCAGCUGACCCAAGAUACCCAGGAGGUGACUGGGUGUCCUUUAGAUCCCAUGUCUGCUUCGGUAGGAGUUAUGUUCCACAGUGCUGAAGUGGCCCUGCUCAUGAACCCGACACCAGGCUCCUGCUUGGAGCCCAAAUCCCUCGACUCAGAUACAACAAGCCUGAUAGAGUCGGAGCUCUCACCUUCAGACAGCAAGGAGGGAUUGGCAGCUGAAGAGAAGGAGCUGGCAGCUGAGGAGAAGGAGCAGAAAUCCGAGACCGGUUCAGAAAAGGGGAUGUGCAAUAGCACAGGGGUCCCAGAGGACAAUGAGGCUGAAAAUACAGGCGCCAGAGCAACCAAUGUGCCACUGGAGAGGCUUCCAAAAUCUGCAAGCGAUGGAGCUCUGAGCACAGCCCCACCAAGUAAGAGUGUGGAGGAGAAAGGUCUGAUAGAGGAAGCUGUGGAAGCCCUGGUUGCAGAAGGAGCAGAAGAGCCUGGCAGCCAUCCUCAGAGCCCUGCUCCCCUCCCUGUUAGCCCAACCUCAACCAGUGCCGGCCCCCCGGGAGGAGGAAAUCCCUCUCUCAAUGGCCAGGCAGAGCUUCUCCCUUUGAAGAACCUGGAGGUGGAGCUGUCUAGUGCACUGCACAUCACAAAGGAUGCCACCAAGGAAGCUCUGCAUGUUACCAUGGACCUCACCAAAGAAGCUAUGUCUAUAACAAAAGAUGCUCUGAGCUUGAGCCGGGAGAAGAUGACCUCUACUGUGCAGAAAAUGCUCUCUCUCCCCCCAGCCAAGGAUUCUGUGCCCAAAGCAGAAGAGGGGGCCGUGACUCCAGGGGGUGGCAGCAGCCGGAUGCGUUUCUUCUCCAUGAAGAGGACAGCAUCCCAACAUUCCUUUGACACCACGUCUGUGGAUGGGAGUGGUCCUGAGGAUGGGCUGUCAGUGGACAGCGAUGGCAGCGAUGGCUUUGUAAUGCUCACAGACUCUGAGCCCAGCCUGGACCCUCUUCCUUCAGGGCAUCUUCUCCAGCUGCACAGCAAUGCAGGCAGCAGAGCAAACCUGGUGGCAGAGGACGAGAGCGGAGCUUCUCCUGAAAUAAACAGCUCAGCUUCCCAGAGCGAGGAGCCCAGCCUGCAGCUGGUGUCUGUCCUUCUACUGAAGAUGAACGAAGUGAACUGUGCCAUAGAGGCACGAGGUGAUGAUUUGUCUGUUGCUUUACAAGUCAUGAACGUGGUUCCAGAGCAGCUGAACAAUGUUGGGAUGUGGCAAUACCUGCGUGGCUGUGUGGGAGAUGCAGAGGUGGAGCAGCCUUCAGCCCCUGAAGCUGCUCAGACCCAGCCACAAGUGUGCUUGCGCCUCGCAGCAGGGCCUCACGCUGCUGUGCAUUCCCCGCUCGCUGUUCAGAACGGCUUCCUUCAGAUGCUGCUCCGCAGUUACGCAGCAGAGUUCUUCAUGUCCUUCCUUACCAACCUCGGCCCCUUCCUUGAGGAUGAAAUCAUCCCGGAGGUGAUCCCCAUGGAGAUUGAAGUCGUGGAUGCCAAAAUCACGUUGAAGGAUGACAGCCCCCAGAUAUACCCCACCUCCCCUGGCCCUGUUCCUGUCACCUUGGCAAUAGAUCACGUCCUCGUGAAGCGCGGAGAUGAUGGAGUUUUCUACCUAACAGCUCCACAAGGGGAGGACUCACCGAAACUGGACAAACCUGUGUCAGUUCUUCAGGGCCACAAGGCCCCAGCACGGUGUGUGUUGGCAGCACCAGCAGGAGGGAUGCAUGGACUGCAGUUAAAGGAAGUGCCAGAGUUGCAAAGAGAGCUUCAGAACAUGAAAAUAGCCCUUGCAGAAGCCAACAUGGACAAGGCUCGCCUUCUGCAGGAAAUUAGGAAAUACAAUCCCCUCUUUGAGCUCUGACAGUAGGCUGCAGCUGCUCAGGAGUGGAGACCACCACCAGCACUAAGGCAGCGAGUUUGAUUACAUUGCUGCUAAACAGGUCAACCUCCUGGAGAACUGAUUGUCACAAAGAGUGGAAACCAACCGUGAUUGCAAAAUACUCUUCGUACAGGGAGAAAGGGCAGAGCUUGGCUGAGCAGCACGGGAGCAACGAGGAGUUACCCGUGUGCUGCCACUUCCCUCUGUCCUGGCAAUAUGGUGCUACCACCUGCCACUGAACCAGGGCAGCACCCAGCCUGCAAACAAAAGGCCUGAAGUUGGCGUGGGGACACCGUGGCUCUUCAUGCACACGGUGGCAGAGACAGUCUGCUGUCAGCCCUUCUGCCUGCAGGUGGUUGGCGUUAGGAUUUCUGCUUUUUUCUGCCCUCCUCUUUGUGUUCUUGCCCAGUGACACGUGCCAAAGAGCGCAGCAAAAGGAGUGCAGUUCAAUUCACCGCAUCAAGGAGUGGCAGAGAAUAGGCAGGGCAGAAAAUGUGGCUCGGAGCUGUGAUGUGAAAAGCAUGUGUAUUGUCACACAGAGAGAGAAACUGAGGUCAGGGGGUGUGGGAGAUGCAGAAUGGGUUUCCCCAUGUGGAGGAAGGGAGCUACAGCUCACCAACCCCUCAAGAACAGAGCCAGGAUAGAAGAGGAAUUCUUUCAGGUUUCUUUUUCCACCUCUAGGAAAAAGAGGUGGUGGUGUAUUAGACUUGGUCUAAAUCACUCUCAAUCCUGCAACGUUUGGCUUUUUUGAUGCAGAAGCAACGAGGAAUUCAUUAUUUCAUUACCAAGUGCUGUUUAAUCUGUCUUUAAUUUUACAGUCAAAGAAUAGGGGUGAUGGAAGUUGGCUGAACCAUGGAAUGAGGCCUUUGUGUUUCCUUUUGGACACGUGGUGUCCUUAAACCAUUGUGUUUCCCAAGUUUCACCAGUGGGAACACCAAGAAAUAGCUGUCUGCACUCCUACAGGGCCGUGUAUUUUUCAUAGCUCUGGGCUCAUGCUCAGUGUUCCACGUCUUCUAGCAGGGAUUCUGGUGUGUGGGUCAGGAGAAGGGUGCUGAGCAGGGUCCCCUGGGUGCAGGCUGACACUGCUAACUGCUCACCGGGGGAUGGAGGUGAAAAUAAGCAGGGUUUGUAUGCUUUGUAUUCUUACCUUUGCUUGAAGUCUGCGUGGCUGAAUGGGGGGAUUGGUCUAAUUAGUAAUUCGUGCUGCUCUGGCACAGCAUGGUGGAACAUUCACCUCCAUCUGUGUUCAGGGUGAGUGCCCAUCCCUGCCCAUCAAAUGUAGCAUCUGUACUGUGUGCAGAAUUCAUGGCAGUUCAGCAGAUUUCAGGUGCAUUUUCUGAUUGUGUAAAGGCACACAGUACCCAUAACUUUCUUCUGUUGGAUUUUUUUUUUAAUGUGUGUGUGUAAGCAUUACUUCGUUGUAUUUAGAUUAACUAAAGUAAUAGAUUUUAAUCCUGCUUGCUAUGCAAGGAACAGCCUCUGAUUUACAAGCCAUGAGAAGCUGAGGCCUGGGAGCACCACGAAAGAAAGCAGUGAUGUACGAGCUGAGUUUGCUCUGAUGUACUUUUCCCUUUGCCCAGCUCUGGAGCUGCUGAGCAGUUUACAGACACUUUAACAGACACUCCUGGUAUCUUUUGAGCUCUCCUGCAGCUCUGGGGCAAUAAGGACAUAUCUGCAGCACGGCGUUGGGCGCCGAGGCGCUGCUGUGAUUUGUGGGGAGCUGGGAGUGUCCUUGCUGUGUUUGUUUGCUCACCCUCUGUAAAAGAGGGUAUGUAAGAGAUAGAGGCUGAUUGUCUGCUGUCACUGUUAAGAUCAUCAGUGUGAUUUGGUGUCUGACUCCACUGUGCUGAAGGUAGCCCUGACUAAUGUUCCUUGGGAGCUGUGCUGGGAUGCGGGGUCUGAACAGCCUUGGGGCAGACUGUGCUGUUCCAAUGCAGUUUGUGGUGUCUUUGCCUGCCCAGCUGUGACUGACCCUGCCUCCGAUCAGCUGUGACAGCGGCAGUGAGAGCCUGACCUGCCUGCUGGAAACCAGAAGCAAAUGGGCACAAAUGAAAGGAAAGGAGGAGAGUUUGCCUUUGGCAGAGGGCUCUGCGCCUGCCGCCACUCUGCAGGGCUGGAGCUGAUGUUUGGUGCUGUGCCUUUCACAAGAUGGCUUUCCCUCCUCCUCAGGGAAGCCCUCUCCUGGUUCCUGUUAGACAGCUUUGCUGUUUUCUCUGGAGCACAUUGUGUGACCCAUCCCCAGCUCAGUGCACAACUCGGGUUUGUGGUGCUGCCUGUGAUGGAGCAACGUUCUGGAGCAGCCCGUCAGGCCUGUUCUCUAGAGGAAAAUGCACUUUAACUUUCUAAGCAUCAGCGGGCAUUUCCUUCACCAGUACUGCCUCGUGCAUAGAAUCCAGAAGUAAAAGCAGGGGUCAGAAAUGCAAGAUAUCUUCCAUACUGAAAUAAAACUCUUUUCAUGCGCAGUUCUCAGAGUAAUAGAGGAGGGAGGAAAUAAAGUCUCUGUGUAUCUCCAGACUUGCUGUGAAACAAACCUAUAUGCAAAAGCUCACUGUAAGUACCAUUAUGAACUGCACAAAGCCCACAUAAGCAGAAGUUGAACUUUUGGUCAACCUACGUGCUUCUGUGCUUUCUUCUUUCUGCGUGAAGCAAGAGAACGCUUGCCUUAGGUGGAAUGCACUGCUAUUCUUCCUUUUUAUUCACCAGCUGCUUGAAAAUGGGAGGUUCCUUUCUUUCACACUUUGUGACUUUUUGUUUGAGUAGAGCUUCAUCUCCAGCCAGCAUAAGGAAUGGAUGGGCAGAAGGGGUUUUCUCCAACACGGUGCCUAUUUGCAGUGUCACAGAGCUCCUUACCUCUCUUUCCACGUGGGCAGACAGACCAGAGCUGGGCCCAAGCUGCUGGCAGCAAAUCUCUUGCUUCAGCAACUCGAGUGCCCCAGUUCUGUGUGACAAUUAAAUCACUUCCACUAUCUUCUGCUUUAUGGAGAGAAGUACUGUAAAACACCACCCCCUUCCUUUCUACGAGAUGUAGGUGGGAGGACAGAACUCCACUGAUGAUGAUUAGCAAAGUUUACUCUUUAGAGCCUUUUGUUUAAGGGCUCUACGUUAUGAGAGCCAACUUAAUCCUUUGUGUAACUACAUGGCAGUUACCCCAGGAAAAGCACGUGGCCUCAGCAUCUUUUACCUUUAGUGAGAAGUGUGCUCAGAGGGGAUUACUGGAUGCACAGGUGGGUGAUGUACAAGUCUGAACUUGAAUUUUAGGCAGUAUUGGAACUUUGUUGCAGUAUAUUUCCACUCAUGCAUUUAUUGGUUCUGUGAACCAUGAAAAGAAAUUAAACUUGUUAACCUCC